AUGUCGGCCGCCACAGGCUCAGGUAUCAAUGAAUCCUUCGAGUGUUGCUUCCAGUGCAUCGGCGAAUUGCUCUCAACAGGGAAAAAGCCCUCACCAAAACAUGACCCAAAGUUCAGCCAUUUCUUUCGUGCCCUCGACAAGGACCCCCUGCCUCACACUUUACAAAUACCUCCGAUCCGAAUGGAGCACACAGCAGCUGUGGAACAGGUAAACAAUUCCAAAAACAACUACGAGAUGUUGAAGGUGUCGCAUUCAGCGACGAGGGCGGAAAUAAUAAAAGCCUACAGACGACUGGCUUUCAACUUACAUCCGGAUAAGAACAGUCAUCCCGGCAGUGAGGAGGCAUUUAAACGCAUUGUGGCGGCACGCGCGGCUCUGCUGGGUGAGACAACCCCCCGUCUUGAAAGAAGGAAGAAGGCUCCAAAGAACUUCCGAUGA